AUGCCCCGCGCUGCAGACGCACCGCGUCACCAACGCACAUAUCGCGCAUGUACAGCAUGCCGCGCUGCCAAGUUGCGCUGCGACCUCGGCCCCAUCGACGCGCCCGAGGACUUGCCGUGCCGUCGUUGUCGACGCACAGGCCGCAAAUGCGAGUUCACCGAGUCCUAUCAACGCAAGCGCCGCACAGACAGUGUGCCAGGUACACCGAUAGCGUCGAGUAGUACCCGAUUCGAGAUACCUUCGCGAGACGCCCGGCUCGAUUUGGUGGGAGGAAACCUCGAGACGCCGGCCGACGCACUGCGCCUCCUCUCGUCCGUGUCGGCUGAUCGGCCGGCCGCACCCGCCUUCCAACCGGACCCAGCGUUCGAGGGGGAGGUAUGGAGCUGUUGGCCACCGGUCCGCGAGGGGCUUCUCACCAGUGCCGAAGCUAGCACACUGGUGGCCUUGUACGCGCGGAAUAUCAAUCCGUGUCAUCCUGUCGUCUCGGCCGAACUGUUUGACCGCGAUAACGCCUCUCUUCUCUUACAAGAACCGCUACUUGUCGGGGCGAUAACUUGCGUCGCGGCUCGAUAUGCCGAUCUCGGACCGAGCUUUGAUGCGCGGGAACCAAGCCGCGCGCGCCUGGUCCAGGCGAGGAUAGUCGAGUGGCUGCUGGGCCGCAUCGCGAGGCUCGUGAUGGGUUCCAGCGCAAUGCGGACCAUUGGGACAGUGGAGGCGCUGUUGAUUCUGUCCGAGUGGCCGCCACGGUCGAUGCUCGUCGAGGAUAGUGUUGGGGAUGCGUGUCCCAGUAGCGCGUGUAAGCACCAGGACGAUGUGGCGUGGACAAACGUCGCCCUAGCGGUACGGAUUGCACAGGAGGUCGGGUUACACGACGAGACAACUUACGUGCCGGCCAACACGUCGGAUUGGCAGACACGGCGGCGGGUCAACGUGUGGAUUCAAAUGGCGACGAGUUGGUGGGACCAGUUCUUCCUAAUGAGCUGUGAACGGCUGGAAACCAAGGCCCUCCCUAUACCCAGUGCCCGUCCGUUUUGGCGCCACAGCCGUGUUACUGCUGAGCACGCACAUGUGAUUGCGAUCUGCCACCAGACGCUGUAUCCGUCUCCGGACGUGACGGCGGACUUGAUCCGCACGGGACGGUUCCAGAGCUUCCUGGACCGCUUGAAGCCCGAGUUGAACCAUUUGUGGACGUGGGCCACAGGCGGACUCGACUCGGACGCGGAUGCUGCUGCGGGAUCGCCAGACCAGAGACGGAGUGUGGAUAUCAACCGCAUCUUCUGGCGGAUUGACCACGACUACGUGCGAUUAUACGCCAACGCCAUCGCGAUGCGCGCGGCCGUCUCGCGCCUCCUCCGCGGUGCACCGAUGCCCAGACAGCGAACACCCGGCGGCGAGCGCAUCAUGGCGACAACCGUCAUCAUCUCCGUUGAAGGCGUGCAGAUGAUCGAGGCGGUGGACUCGGCCGUCGCCCUCCUCGAACACGGCAUCGAAUGCCACCGCCGUGGCGUCCUUCGCUUCUGUCCUGGCCGGACAUUUCAACGCAUUAUGUUCGCAAGCGUCUUCCUCAUGAAAGCUCUCUCGCACGGCGCUGUGGCAGAGAAAGAACCCGCCGUACUCGAUCUACAGCACCGGAUGCUCACGUGUUUCCGCGAGGCCGCAGUCGACGACGAGCACAUUGCGGCUGAGAUUGCACGUCUCCUUGAGAGGGUCUUCCCCGCCCUUCCAGCUCUCCCCCACCCAGCCCACCAGGCUCACCCAGCCCCAACACUGCCAGCCAUGCCGCUCCCCGAUCCCGAGCUCGAGCCGAGCCAUGGUUUCGAUCUCGGGGCUCUAAACGAUGCGCCCGAUGAUGCUGACGUCUUCGCCAACUGGGGCUUUGACCCCGUCCUCAUCCUUAAUGAGAUGGAUGCGUUCAUCCAGUCUAUGGAUAGAUAG